GCCAAUAAACACGAAGAAGUGUAAAUUCGAGUAGGACCAGAGAGCCACCGCACCGACGGAGUUGUAGCGACUCGAGAGAUGGAGGAGGGAAGCAGGCUUCCGUGGAUGAGAUAUGGCUCCGCUGUGUCUCUGUUUGUGGUUAUUUUAGCGCUUUGGUUCCGUUCACCGCAGGAUGUAGAGCUGGAUUACCGACUUGACUCAGUCCUUUCGUCUUUGCUCCGGGCUGAGAGGAAAGUCGGCAUGAAUAACGCCCGACCCAGAGUGGCGAUCGGUUUUGGAGGUUGUGCCGACCUGAUAGUAGAUGGUGUGUCAUUUCUAAAUAAAAUGGGAAUCCUUAACAGCGACCAGCCCAUGCACCACGACUAUCUAGAAAAUGCUGAACAGCUGGCGCAGAGCUUUGCCUACUUCUUUGCACCUGGAGCUGCUGCAGAGCGUUUUAUGUUAAAUGAAACUCUCUUCAGUGAGCUGGUGGAGUGUGCUCGUGACCUACCUGGAAACAGGUGGGCUGUGGGUGGCAACGCUCCCGUAAUGGCGGGGCGCAUGGCAACCGAGGGAUGUGAUGUGCUGUUGGGGGGAAGUUUCAGCACUGAUUUUACUGAUGUGUUGUCUCGGCACAUUACAGUGGCUGGUAAGGACAUCGAGGAGCCAGACAUCCACCUGAUUCUGGAAUAUUCAUCCAGUACUAGCUGGGGGCACUAUACCUCCCAAAGAGCCAACAGAUACAUCAUUCACAGUGAUGAUCAUAACCCCUACUUGGACUCCUUGGAGGAGUUUGCCAAGAAACUCAGAGACUUCAGACCAGAUCUGAUAGUGGUGGGUGGUUUACAGAUGAUGGACAACUUCCCUUUCCUGCCAGGUGAGCGAGAAGCUGUCCUCUCUAGGCUGGAAGGCCUGCUGUCCACCUCAUCUCCUCAGAUCGGCAUCCACUUUGAGAUGGCCAGUUUUGUUGACGAGAGUAUUGUGGAUGACCUUCUGCACCACGUCAUCCCCCAUGCUGACUCUUUAGGGAUGAACGAACAGGAACUUCCCAAUCUCCUCAGCCUGCUCAAAGGCUCCAACAUCACCGUGCUCUCAGACCCAAACCCUCGCGUAGCUACAGUCCUCGACCAGAUGAGGGAGGUUUACCGAAUUCUGAACCAGCGUCACAAGGACACCAGCUCAGACAGCAACUUAGACAGUGCUAAGUUCAAGGGUAAGCCACUGACCCGACUCCAUGUGCACACGUUGGCCUUCCAAGCCAUGAUUGUGACGCACGGCUCUCAGUGGAAGAACACCAUGUCGGCUAUCGCCAAGGCAUCGCUCACAGCUAACCGGCACGUCUGUGGCUCGAAUGACAUCGACCUCAGCAAGGCGAGACUCAUUAUGGAUGACUCGUUUUCCGUUAGCCACCGUGCCGGCAGCCAGCGUAUCCCUCUGCAGGAGACCAGGCCCGUCAGCUGCUGGGAUGAGGACGACUACCAGAUCUGCGUGGCACCGGUGCUGGUGUGCACUGAGGUUUAUCAAACUGCAGGUGGGGGGGACAACAUCUCAGCUGCUGGCCUGGUGCUGCAGAUUUAAAGAGGGACACCAAAGGUUAUUGUGUGUUGAGCCAACCAAAUACUGGACUGUAGAAACUCUAUCUGGGUACGAUACGCUCUUGCUGUCAGAUACUGACACAGGUUUCAGGUUUGCUAAUCAUGGCCCUGCUAGAUGACCGAUCAUCACUCAAGAGUCAGAUCAUGGAGAUCAAAUCUAAUUUGUUCAGGCUUCUACAUUUUAAAUCUUUAAAUGUAUCCAAUCAAAAUCUGGUAAAUGUUUAAACUUAUUUUAUUUCUAAUCCAACUAGGACUUCUUGAGUUGAAUCUCAGAAGGGAUUAAGGUGUUUAUUCUGGUUUAAGGCUUUAUUAUUUCUCCAUUUUCUAUUCAGUUAAUUUUAUGUACAUGCAGUCAUUUGUAUAUGUUUUCUUAUCUAAUUCUUCCAGUUUGACCUUUUAGACUGAAAACAACCAGCAGAAAUUGUCCCAUUACACCCAUCCAGAUGGUCCAUCUUCUGACUAGUGGUUUUAAUGAGCUUGUUCUUUUCUUCUUCACUGAGGCCUUAUAGAACUUGAUCUACUGUCUGGAUCAGAUAAAGAGAGAGAUGAGGUUCAGAUGAAAGCAGAUGUUUCUUACCAAGUUUUGCACAACUUCUUCUGCAGGAUAAAAGUUAGAUUUAAACAAGCUAAUCCCAGGAUGCAGCUAUGCAGUCGAUGUUUGCUGGGAAACUCCAAAAUGGAUGAAUCUUCUGUUUGUUGGCAGCAGCAUGUUGAUCAGGUGUUGGAUAACCCCUUUGACCUUAACUGAUGCAGAUCAAAUUAAUUUUCUUUUUUUUGUUAUUUUAAGUGAAGUCAAGUUUUGGGUGAAAACUUGUCAGAUUUAAACCACCUCUUCCCUCUAGCUUAUCCUUUUACAAAAAGGUUUUCCAGUUGAAGGUUCCUGUUCUUCCCAGUAUAUGUAAAAAGUGCAAUGUGGUUUGUUUUCUGGUGCUCGUUCUGGUUCAGGUGGAGUGCAAUAAUGGGACAAAAUUGUGAAGAGACCACCGUUGGUAGCAGGUUACGUUACCAUAUUCCUCUCUACCUCUGCUUUUGUUUCCUUUCUUACUCGUUGCCUUUUAUUGUCACGUGUUGGUCUGUAAUUUUCUGACAGCUAACGGCUCUUCAGGGACCAACUGACUAGUGAGGCAGAGGUUGCUAAAAAUGUAUCUUGCAUUAAAAUGCUGGAAUAAAUGAAUCGGAAGCUCCUCUAUAACUGAUUCAACAGGGCAUAGACAUGAGUACUUGAAGCCACAUGAAUCAGUAUAUGAAGUAAUGGACCAAUCAGCAGGUAUCUUCUAUAUUUUUCACCUUCUCAGAAGACUUAAAAACAAAAUAUUCUGAAAAUGAGAGCUGUAGGUUGGAGGGCCAUUUGAUUAUAUGACAUGAAUAUAUUUUUCAUGUUCUGGUUGAAUUAACAUUUGGAAUAAAAUCCCAUUUAACUUUCCCACUACAUUUUCAAAAAUAAACAUUCCUCCUUUUUCUUCUGAAUGACGUUUCACCAAAGUGGAUUAACAUCGUAGAUUUUAGGUCAUAGCCACUUUUUAACUCAUUCACUUUGUUACCAAGUCUGAGGUCAUAAAAGAAGAAUGUAAACGUGUAAAAAGUGUUUUUGUUUUAUUUAUUUCUUUUCUGGUAAAUCAAAACUGUACUGAUUUGAUUUGAGUCUGUUUGUGGAAGCUGGUGGUAAAUGAGAAUUAUUCUGUUUCACUGUUAAAAAAAACUAUUAAGGCUUUUGUUUUAUGAAUUUGUCUAAAAUCUUGAAUAUAAUGCCAGCUGAGGUUUGUCUCACUAUGGAUUAAAGUCAUAAUGUAGCAUGAA